UGCAAAAAGACAGGGCAAUUCUGUCAUCGGAAGGAAAGAGCUGUACUAUAUAAACCCUGUAACCCUAUUGUCCAGUCACUCUAUUCCACACACUCUUCUCUCGCGGCUAGGGUUUUAGCGCAGCUAUUCUUCUUCAGAUCUUUAUUGUUUUCAAGCUUAAGGUGUCAUGGGUAAGGAGAAGGUUCACAUUAACAUUGUGGUCAUUGGCCAUGUCGACUCUGGGAAGUCAACUACCACUGGCCACUUGAUCUACAAGCUUGGAGGUAUUGACAAGCGUGUUAUUGAGAGAUUUGAGAAAGAAGCUGCUGAGAUGAACAAGAGGUCAUUCAAGUAUGCGUGGGUGCUUGACAAGCUUAAGGCCGAGCGUGAAAGGGGAAUCACCAUUGAUAUUGCCUUGUGGAAGUUUGAGACAACUAAGUACUACUGCACAGUCAUUGAUGCACCUGGACACAGGGAUUUCAUUAAGAAUAUGAUUACUGGGACAUCCCAAGCUGACUGUGCUGUUCUUAUUAUUGAUUCCACUACUGGUGGUUUUGAAGCUGGGAUUUCCAAAGAUGGUCAGACUCGCGAACAUGCUCUCCUUGCUUUCACUCUUGGUGUGAAGCAGAUGAUUUGCUGCUGUAACAAGAUGGACGCCACUACACCCAAGUACUCGAAGGCUAGAUAUGAUGAAAUUAUUAAGGAAGUUUCUUCUUACUUGAAGAAGGUAGGGUACAACCCAGACAAGAUCCCUUUCGUUCCCAUCUCUGGUUUUGAGGGAGAUAACAUGAUUGAGAGGUCUACAAACCUUGACUGGUACAAGGGCCCAACCCUUCUUGAGGCCCUUGACCAGAUCAAUGAGCCCAAGAGACCAACAGACAAGCCCCUGCGAUUACCCCUCCAGGAUGUCUACAAGAUUGGAGGAAUAGGAACUGUGCCUGUGGGACGUGUUGAAACUGGUGUCUUGAAACCUGGAAUGGUUGUGACUUUUGGACCAACUGGACUGACUACUGAAGUUAAGUCUGUGGAGAUGCACCACGAAGCUCUCACAGAGGCCCUUCCUGGUGACAAUGUGGGAUUCAAUGUUAAGAAUGUUGCUGUCAAGGAUCUCAAGCGUGGUUUUGUUGCCUCAAACUCUAAGGAUGACCCUGCCAAGGAGGCUGCUAAUUUUACAUCCCAGGUUAUCAUCAUGAAUCACCCUGGGCAGAUUGGAAAUGGCUAUGCUCCUGUUCUUGAUUGCCACACCUCUCACAUUGCUGUCAAGUUUGCAGAACUUGUUACCAAGAUUGACAGGCGAUCUGGUAAGGAGCUUGAGAAGGAGCCCAAAUUCCUGAAGAAUGGAGAUGCUGGUUUUGUUAAGAUGAUUCCCACCAAGCCCAUGGUGGUUGAAACAUUCUCUGAGUAUCCUCCACUAGGUCGUUUUGCUGUAAGAGACAUGCGUCAAACUGUGGCUGUGGGAGUCAUCAAGAGCGUGGAGAAGAAGGAUCCUUCUGGAGCUAAGGUCACCAAGGCUGCACAGAAGAAGGGCAAGUGAAUUGUGCAGGAUGGUUUAUCAAGGGAGAUCUAUCAUUAUGUCUCCAAUAAAUAUUAUCUCCUUGUUCGUAGUACUUCUGUUUGUCGUCUAGGUAACUUGUUCAUCGGACCGAGUGUCAAGUCUGCACCGUCAUCUCGCAACUUUUGUUCCCAGAACUGGGUUCUUGAUCGACGGUGGCAAGGCUAUUUCUCUUUUCUUUUUUAUGCUUUCUCUAUUGUAUGAUGUGUCUCUGUCAGAACACUUACCUUUUUGUAUGCUGCAGUGAAUUUUAGGACUAGUCAGUCCUACGCUGCUGAUUUGGUUUUUAAAUAUCAAACUCUAUAUUUGUGCUUUUA